AUGAGUUUGAGUUUGAAAACGUUGUUUUUGGAGAAGCAGGAAAUGAAGGCCUCCUCUGACCCUGCCCCCUCUGACCCCGCCCCCUCUGGCCACGCCCCCUCAGACGCUCUGACCGAGAAGACGCCGUUAUCGAGGCCGACCACGAUGUGUGACGGCAGCCCCCGCUUCACCAGCGCCGCCCUGAACUGGAAACACAACAACAUUCAUCUGAGGACGCCAUCUUGUUCGUACCAUCAGUCGCAGCAUCAGUACCACCAUCAGUCGUACCAUCAGUCUCAUACCAUCAGUCACACCAUCAAUCGCACCAUCAGUCGUACCAUCAGUCGUACCAUCAGUCGUACCAUCAGUCGCACCAUCAGUCCUACCAUAAGUCGCACCAUCAGUCAUACCAUCGGUCGCACCAUCGGUCGUUCCAUCGGUCGCACCCUCGGUCGUACCAUCAGUCGCACCAUCAGUCGCACCAUCAGUCGCACCAUCAGUUGCACCAUCAGUCGUACCAUCAGUCAUACCAUCGGUCGCACCAUCGGUCGUACCAUCAGUCAUACCAUCGGUUGCACCAUCGGUCGUACCAUCAGUCAUACCAUCGGUUGCACCAUCGGUCGCACCAUCGGUUGUACCAUCAGUCGCACCCUCAGUUGCACAAUGAGUCGUACCAAUAGUCGUGCCAUCAGUCAUACCAUCAGUCUCGUACCAUCAGUCGUACCAUUACUUGCACCAUCAGUCGCACCAUCAGUCUCGUACCAUCAGUCGCACCAUCAGUCGCACCAUCAGUCGUACCAUCAGUCGCACCAUCAGUCGAACCAUCAGUUGUUCCAUCAGUUGUACAUCAGUCUUGAACCAUCAGUCUCGUACCAUCCGUCGUACCAUCAGUCGCACCAUCAGUUGUUCCAUCAGUCGUACCAUCAGUUGUACAUCAGUCUUGAACCAUCAGUUGUACCAUCAGUCGCACCAUCAGUCAUACCAUCAGUCGCAUCAUCAGUCUCGUACCAUCAGUCACACCAUCAGUUGCACCAUCAGUCGCACCAUCAGUUGCACCAUCAUUCGUAUCAUCAGUCGCACCAUCAGUCAUACCAUCAGUCGCAUCAUCAGUCACAUCAUCCGUCGUACCAGCAGUCGUACCAUCAGUCUCGUUCCAUCAGUCGUACCAUCAGUCGUAACAUCAGGCGUACCAUCAGAUGCACCAUCAGUCGUACCAUCAGUCGUACCAUCAGUCACAUCAUCCGUCGUACCAGCAGUCGUACCAUCAGUCUCGUUCCACACUCACCUGGUGAACCAGUGCAGACCACACUGAGCCCUCAGUGA